AUGUCCCACCCCACGGAACCAGACGCACUACAGCAAGCAUGCAUGGCGCUCGACGCCUAUGAUCUCGCUCAACUCCCGCCUACGCCGACCUGGGGUGCGCAGAGAGACGCGCACUCGGUGAACUCGGAGAGGGCAGACUACCCCUGGGGAGAGCCAGAGCACCUGCCAUUCCCCCAGGUCGAGGUUCUUACGCUGAACGAGCCCACGCCAGAGGGCAAGGUCAGAUUCCAGGUAGUGACGAGACAGCCCGUAGAGGGGCUGUUGAAGUGCAACGGCGACAACGACGUCAACGUUGACCUGCACUUGCUCGUGCGUGGCGAGACCGGUGGACUGCGCAGCACUUCGAUCGAGUUCCCCCGGAGUCUGGCAGAGGUACGGGGCGCACGCGACGAGACGUGGCUCGAGGAAUUCGAGCGCGUACUCGAUUGGUUCCCGGAAAUGGACGCCGAACAGCGCCAAGUCCUCCUGGAGACGGUCUACAUCUACGAUUGGUUUCAUCGCGCCGAAAUGAACGACGAACUGGGCAUCGUUUGGAGGGACUUUCAAGGCGCGCGAACCAGUGCUCUGUUAGGAAGCUGGUUUUCGCCUGUUCGCGCGGAGGAGAUACUGAGUUGGCUGAUUGAAUGGGCGCAGACGAGGAUCCCGUCCACCUUCCCCGUUCAGGCAGACGGCUCGGUGCAAUCCAGCGACGUCGCGGACACGGACGAUAUCGCCCUUGGUGAGCAAGUACCCCGGGCACAAGAUGGCCACUGA